AUUUCAGACAGCAAUGGCAGACAUACGACCAAAUCAUACGCUCUACAUAAAAAAUCUGAAUGACAAAUUGACAAAACUGGAAGUUAAGAAGCAAUUGUACUAUUUGUUCUCACAAUAUGGAGCAAUACUUGAUAUAGUUGCAUUAAAAACUCAAAAAAUGAGAGGUCAAGCAUUCGUUGUUUUCUCCGAGAUUCCCGAUGCAACAAAAGCUUUAAGAGCGCUCCAAGGAUUUCCUUUUCUUGACAAAGCAAUCCGGCUGCAAUAUGCUAAGACUGAUUCAGAAGUUAUUGUUUCCAAAAAAGGAGCCAGUGGCAAGAAAGCAGAUAAAAAGAAAACAACUGCCAAAAAGAAAGUUACACCAGCUGGGGGACCACUCAUUGUACAAGAAGGAGAGUCAGCUGAUAAAGUUCUUUUCAUUACUAAUCUGCCCGAAGAAGCUAAUGAAGUUAUGAUCACAAUGCUGUUUCAACAAUUCACUGGUUUUGUUACAACGAGGUUGUUACCAGGAAAAAGAGGAAUGGCAUUUGUUGAUUUUGAUAACGAAAAUAACGCCAGCUUGGCUAAAGACUCUCUGCAAGGUUUUAAGAUAUCGCCAACAAAUGCAAUGAAAAUAGCGUUUGCAUCUAAAUAAGUUAUCGAAUUGUUUUGAUUUUCUCACUUUUAAAUGAAAUGGGGAAAUUGUGUUCUUCCUUGUGUGUAAUUAACUUCUUUUGUAUAAAA